GGGGGAAUCAGCUGACGGGCAGAAAUGUCGGGGGUAGCUGAAGAGAAACAUGCUCGGUGACUGGUCUCUCAGUCAGAGAAGAGUCGCAGCCAGUACUACUAUGGCUUGUUUUGCGUCGAGUCGGCUUUGUGCUCGUGCUUUAGACAAAUUGUGUCAAAUCGGAAGGACGACCCAGGCGAGGAGAAAAUCAUCCUCAUCCAUCAUCAAACUGAGACAGGCUCAACCUCUCUACACCAGCUCCUUCGGACUAAGAGGCCAAAACGAAGAACGGGCUAUCGAAGGCCAGAGGAGGUUGAGCACACAACAACCAGGCACCGGCCCUGCCCACGACUACCAGAACGUCGAUCCUUACAGGUUGAUAGAAGAUGACCUCAAGACUGUUCAUGCAAACAUCAGGCAGGCCCUGCUGGUCCACACGAAUUCGGACGAGCUUGAAAGAAUAUCCACGUACUAUUUCGACGGCCAAGGUAAAUCGAUCAGGCCGGCUUUAACCCUCUUGAUGGCCAGAGCACUCAACUAUCACCUCAAUCAAAGCGGAAUCACAGCGGAGCAAAUCCAAAUGGCCAUGGUCGCGGAAAUGAUCCACACGGCGUCCCUCGUCCAUGACGACGUUAUCGACCAGUCGAAUUUCAGGAGAGGAAAACCAAGCGUCAACGCACUUUGGAGCCAAAAAAAGGUUGCUAUGACUGGUGACUUCAUUAUAGCGGUUGUUUCGAUGAUACUCGCAAACAUUCGCCACUGCGAUGUAACAAUAACUAUUAGCCAGGCUAUUUCAGAUUUAGUCCAAGGAGAAUUCAUGCAACUCGGCGCCAAAGAAACAGAAAACGAAAGAUUUGCUCACUACCUUACCAAAACGUACAGAAAAACGGCCAGCUUGAUGGCCAAUUCGUUGAAAUCUACUGCACUACUCUGUAAUGCAGAUGAUCAAUUGUGUGAAUUGGCUUUCCAGUACGGACGGAACAUCGGCCUAGCUUUCCAGCUCGUCGACGAUCUUCUUGAUUUUGUCUCUUCGUCUGAUACGAUGGGCAAACCGACAGCGACGGAUCUAAAACUAGGACUUGCAACUGCGCCUGUCCUGUUCGCAUGUGAAAAGUACCCCGAAUUGAAUCCGAUGAUCAUGCGCAGAUUCCAGGAGCCGGGCGACGUCGAAAAAGCUUUCGAACUCGUACACAAAUCGCAGGGUCUCGAGCAGACACGCUUUCUCGCGAAAAAGCAUUGCAACGAGGCCCUACGCUUGGCCAAUUCCAUCGCGGAAUCUCCUUAUCAAAAGGGAUUGAUAAUUAUGCCAGACCUUGUCAUCAACAGAAUGAAAUAGCACGAAUCAGCCUUGAUCAAACAGUCGGCUGUCGCGACUAAAUCGAGUGUUUAGUCUUUCUGUUUUUGACUGCUUAAAAAUUGCUCAAUGGCAUCACAAAUAGUUUAAGUCAAUUUUAAAAUGAAUAUGUUUUUAAUGUAAUGUGUUAUUAAUAUUACUUCAGCUUAAGACAUAUAUGACAAAAUACAUAUAUUUCUCUGUUAAACAAUCGUGCACAAAAUUGAAUUAUUUUUUACUUACUUAUUAAAUUACCUUCUUUUUUCUUCUUCUUCUUCUUCUUUUUAACUAGAAGCUUGAACACAUUAACGAAGUUGUACUCAGUAUUGACAAUAAAUAAAUUAUACACAUUAAUUUUUUUUUUUUUUUUUUAGAUUUCUGGAGUGUUGUCUUCUUACGAUUCACAUCUCCAAUUAAGUUAAUAUGAAAUUGUUAGAUAUUAGAGAGUGCUAACUUUAUAAAUAGCUGGUAUAAUUUACGGUCGAAUAGGCGUCUUGGAAAUAAAAAAUUUUAAGUGAUGUAUAUUAUCGUUGUGUGUCUGGUAGUAAUUAAUUAGAAAAAUAACCAAAAAUUAAAUGAGCACAAAUUUUACACACUGUCUUAUGACGUUAUUUUAGCAAAAUAUAACUAGGCAUAAAACGAGAACAAUCGACCGCCAUGUGAAGAUUGUAGUUUUUAUUUAUCUGUUUUACAACGAAAUAUUUAUAAAAGCAAAUAAGAAAGAAAAUUUUUUUUUUCUUUUUAAGCCAAGAAAAACCGCGCCUUAUAGUCUUUAUUAGUUCAUGGUUCAUUUUAUGCACGACGCUUUGUACCAUGAUGACAAAUGAAGAAAUCUACUCAACAUUUGAACUUUAACGAUAAUUUUGAAAGGAUAAUGUGUUUAUAUUUAUUGACAAUGAUUCGCAUAAUUGAAGUAAAAGCGUAACAGGCUGACACGAUAUAACUAGCGCUUCUGGCUAGUUUCAAUGUAUAUUAUAAAAUAAAAUAUAACUUAAUAACAAAAAAACCCCAUUUUCAUACCUCAACUUAUUAGAUGAGAUAAUUAUGUUUUAUUUAUAACGUUGAUUAUAUAUAAUAGUUUGGAAAUAAAAAGCUUGUAUAAUUAAUUAUUAAUUAUUGGUAUAAUUAGACUAUGUAUUAUUGAAAUUAAAAAAAAAAAUUAGGUUGUAAUAAUAUAUAUUUAAUUAUUAUCAUACUUGUAUGUACAUUAACCAUGUAAUAUAACUCUAUAUAUAAAUAUGUAUAUAACUACAGUGGAUACAACUAUUUUUGUAUAUAAUAUAUAUAAAUUUCACAUAUACCAAUUUAUUUUGUUUGUGGUAUUGGGGUAUAUUAAGAUAUUGUUCUGUAAACCAAAUAAAAGAAAUAUUUCAUAAGGGUGUUAUCAA